CCUUUUUGGACAUACUUCCCGACCACCAUCAUCUCCACUGCCAACUCUCUUGCAGCAAAUAUGCUGAUGAGACGUUCUGCAAGAAUGGCAGGAGCCCCUUCCAAACGGAAGAGUCUCUCUGAGCCAGAAUCCGACAGUUGGCAAUCAGACGAGAACAUCGAGAAGGAAUACGAUUUCGGUGGACGCAGCGAAGUGACAAAGCCUGGUUCAGCGAAACGAAGGCGAAUCAGUUCGAAUACGGCCGGAACGAAAAGGGCAACAAAGGUUACUCAAGGCAAACGGAAGGGAACUGGGAAGAAACAGCAAAAUCUCGGCCUGUUAUUAACAAUGCCGCUAGAUAUUCUCUUCGCGAUCUGUGGUAUGCUUUCUCCGCGAGACCUCGUCAAUCUAUCGCGGGUUGAUGCAAAUUUCUGCCGCACUCUGACCGCGCAUGAUGCAUCGUUCCUUUGGAAGGCGGUGAGGAAAGCGGAAGAGGGAAUCGAGCCAGCUCGAGGAAUUCCUGAAUACCGAUGGGUAGACCUGUUAUUUGGGAAACCAGUUUGUGAUAUUUGCCAUAUAAAGAAUGCCUUUGUCGACUGGAUUCCCCGACGACGUGUCUGCACGCAAUGCUCGAAGGCAAACUUGAUCGCUGCAUCAAGGGUUAGAAGACGCUUCCCCGGUGUCGAUGAUGACAUCUUGAACCUUAUUCCGCUUACAACUGCUGGACCGGGAAGAUUGUGCUCACGCAAGGGCUACUACUGGAUCUCUGACAUCACGGAGAUCCAAGCAAAGAUCAAGGAGCUGGAAGCAGACCCUGGGUUCUCCAAAUAUCUAGCCGUCUUUCGAAUGGAGCGGAAGAAGUUGGUCGAUGUCGUGACUAAAGAUGCCAAACGGUGUGAAGAAUGGAGUUGUGUUAAUGCUCGAAGGGAAGCGGAUGAGUCAGGUCGUCGGAGAGACGAGAGAUUUUUUAGGAUAAAGACCCACCUUUUGGAAUUGGGAUAUGACGAGAGGGAUGUUCAGGGCAUCAGACUGGAAUCGUCCGUCGUGCGUGACGCUGAGCUAACAUCACAGGGUUGGAACAGGAGCCGUCGGGGUCUCGAAGCGGUAAUCAAGAAAAACCGUGUUCAGCAAGCCAAAGCAGACCGUACUACCGCGUUAUUCAGCCGUGCUGAAAUUGUCAAAGGCAUUCUUAACAUGUACAAACAGCAAUUCCUGCCUGUGGUGUGGCGCGAAAUGCCUUCAUUUGCGGACGUUUGCACAUUCCCUGCAUUCAGGGUUGUUUUGGAGGCGCCAACAGAACUUGUCGUCACCGACGCCAGCUUUGUGGAUGCUAUGCAACAACUCCCAACUCUGAUUGCCGACUGGAAGUGCCGAAAGGAAUCCGAGCUGCGAGCCCAGGUCGCGUCUCUGGAAACUGAAGGAGUCGAUCCUUUGAAGCUAGCAACGGCCGUCUUCUCCUGUGAACACCAAUGUAAUGCUAUUAUCACGAAUACAGAUCUUUGGCGGCACCAAUGUGUUCCCUAUCUUAUUCGAGGACCAGGGAGCAUGCAUGACCAGUUCCCGGCCGCAGACGUCGAUGAUCUGUAUAAACACAUCGGAAAUACAACACUCGUCUUUGAUAGGACACGAUCUGCCAUCGCUGCCUCCUUGGUUCGACUCGCUUCUUGUGAUCCCGUCACAACAACCGCAGAGGAAAUGGAUGAUUUGAACCUUCGAUUUCUUUCUACGCAUGAUCUUGUUGGUGAAUAUUGUUCGGUCUUGGGCCCCACAGUCUACGGGCCUCCCAUCCUGACCUGGCGUGAAUGUGUACAUCAGGGCAACAUCAGUCCACACAGUGCAGGCACCGAGUUUGACUUUCGUCUUCUUACACCAGAGGAUGAGGCCAAGAAGAAGCGGGUUUAUGGAAAUGCACUCGAUUUUAGCGGGAGCUUAGAAUUUUUUCACUGUCAGCAUUGUUCUAAUCAUGUCGAUCCCCAGUCAUACGAGGAUGUCUCCAAGCAUGUCCAAGAUGUGCAUGAUGUUGUUGAUCCUCAGCUGGACCGUGAUCUGUUCUUGGCUCCUGGCAUAAAUUUACCUGUGGCACAGCGUCCGCCGUUGUCUAUUGUGGAGUUUGAAAGAGAAGAAAUGGACCCUUGGUCUGCUGAAGAUUAUUCAUGAUAGCACCACUGUUGUAUCUGGCGGGCUACGACAUUCUGAGUCCUUAAAUAUCAGAACAAAUCUGUUUCCUCUAAAAGUUAGCAUCAUUCCGAGGUGCAUCACAUCCGUUCCAAGGCGCCAUGGCGAUGCGCGUCUCUUCACUGAUUUGGAUGUGUAUCUGCUCGUACCUUGUCGUACCUUGUCCCUUAUCCAUUUUCUAGAGAGAAAAGUUGCUCAAAGAAGUGAGCCGGUGAGCAGCCGUUGUCUCUUUAUUCUGUUGCUCAUCUUCGUCUC